UUAGCACACAAAAAAAAAAGAAAGAAAAAUUAUUAAAAUACAGGAAAGUCACAGACUUUCGUGGAAACUCCUCUCCCGUCCUCUCUGUCUUCCGAUAAAGGCUUCGCUUUCAUCAUUCAAUAUCUUCUUCUUCUUCUUCCAUCUCCAUUAUCAUCACUCUUUCUCUCUCUCCUUUUGUUUCUUGGUUCGUUUUUUCUCUUCUUCAAUCUUUGUCUUUCUCCCUCUUUCCGAGGAAAAACAAAACAAAGAUUCGACCUUUUUUUUUUGGUUGUUGGGUUCAAACAGUGAAUUUUUUUCUCCCUUUUUUGUACUUCUUGUUGUCCUCGAAUCUACUUGAUUCUCGGAAACAAAACACUUGUCUGUGUUCUGUCUGAUUUCUACUUCGAAAUUUACUCAAAAAAAGUUUUGAAAUUUGACAAAGAAGAAGAAGGUACUCGAUGUUGUAAGGUGAAAUCUCUACGAUUUGAAGUAUUUAUUCUCCGACAAAUGAAUUUCCGACAAGAGAAGUUUGUGAGGUUUCAAGACUGGAAGUCCGACAAAACCUCCGACGUCGAAUACUCCGGGAGAAACGAGCCGCCAAACGGAAUCUUCCGGAGAACGAUCACCUCAAUCUCCGACAAGUUCCACAGAAGCUCGGCGAGGAUCAAAACGUUCAGGAGAACAUACAAGUCCUACUCUUUCAAAGAAGCCGUCUCCAAAGGGAUCGAUUCAUCUCACAAGAUCCUCGACCCGCAGGGACCUUUCCUUCAGAGAUGGAACAAGAUCUUCGUGUUGGCUUGCAUCAUCGCCGUUUCUCUAGACCCUUUGUUCUUCUACGUCCCCGUGGUCGACGACGCCAAGAAGUGUCUCGGUCUUGAUAACAAGAUGGAGAUAACCGCUAGCGUCUUGCGCUCGUUCACUGAUGUCUUCUACGUGAUUCACAUCAUUUUUCAGUUCCGUACUGGCUUCAUCGCUCCUUCCUCUCGUGUCUUUGGGAGAGGUGUUCUUGUUGAGGACACGAGGCAGAUCGCUAUACGUUACUUGUCUUCGCAUUUCAUUAUUGACAUUCUCGCUGUUCUUCCUCUUCCACAGGUGGUGAUUUUGAUUAUCAUUCCGCAUAUGAGAGGCUCAAGGUCUUUGAACACGAAGAAUCUGUUGAAGUUUAUAGUCUUCUUCCAAUACAUACCGAGGUUUAUCAGAAUCUAUCCGCUCUACAAGGAAGUUACUAGAACCUCAGGGAUACUAACCGAGACAGCUUGGGCGGGAGCUGCUUUCAAUCUCUUCCUCUACAUGCUUGCUAGUCAUGUGUUUGGUGCUUUUUGGUACUUGUUCUCUAUCGAGCGCGAAACCGUGUGUUGGAAACAAGCGUGCAACAGAAACAGGAACAUCUGCGACAUCACUUCGCUGUAUUGUGACCAUAAAGCUGCAGGAGGCAACGCUUUCCUCAACGCGUCUUGUCCGGUUCAGACGCCAAACGCAACGCUUUUCGACUUUGGGAUAUUCCUUAACGCUCUUCAGUCUGGUGUAGUGGAAUCUCAAGAUUUCCCUCAGAAGUUCUUUUACUGCUUCUGGUGGGGUCUUCAAAACCUCAGUUCGCUAGGCCAAAACCUUAAAACAAGUACAUACAUUUGGGAGAUCUGUUUUGCUGUCUUCAUUUCUAUCUCAGGGCUGGUUCUGUUCUCCUUCUUGAUUGGUAACAUGCAGACGUAUCUGCAAUCAACAACCACAAGGUUGGAGGAGAUGAGAGUCAAGAGAAGAGACGCAGAGCAGUGGAUGGCUCACCGUUUGCUCCCUGAGAGUCUGCGAAAAAGAAUCAGAAGAUACGAGCAGUACAAGUGGCAAGAGACUAGAGGCGUUGACGAAGAGAAUCUUCUCAGUAAUCUCCCUAAAGACCUUAGACGCGACAUCAAACGCCAUCUCUGUCUCGCCCUUCUCAUGAGGGUCCCAAUGUUUGAGAAAAUGGACGAGCAGCUUCUCGAUGCUCUCUGCGACCGUUUGCAACCAGUGCUGUACACAGAGGAAAGCUACAUCGUAAGAGAAGGAGACCCCGUAGACGAAAUGCUCUUCAUAAUGCGUGGGAAGCUACUGACAAUGACAACAAACGGUGGAAGAACAGGCUUCUUCAACUCAGAGCACCUCGGAGCCGGCGACUUCUGCGGCGAGGAGCUUCUAACAUGGGCCUUAGACCCACACACAUCCUCUAACCUCCCAAUCUCAACGAGAACCGUCCGAGCUCUCGUUGAAGUGGAAGCUUUCGCGCUUAAAGCUGACGACCUCAAGUUCGUUGCUUCUCAGUUCAGACGUCUCCACAGCAAACAGCUGAGACAUACUUUCAGAUUCUACUCGCAGCAGUGGAGGACUUGGGCGGCUUGCUUCAUACAAGCAGCGUGGAGAAGACACGUGAAGAAGAAGAUGGAAGAGUCUCUUAAAGAAGAAGAGAAUCGGUUGCAGGACGCCUUGGCCAAGGAAGCUUGUGGAAGCUCCCCGAGCCUCGGCGCCACCAUGUAUGCGUCACGGUUUGCUGCUAAUAUCUUAAGGACUAUACGUAGGAGCGGGUCGGUAAGGAAGCCGAGGAUGCCGGAACGAAUGCUGCUUCAGAAACCAGCAGAACCAGAUUUCAAUAGUGAUGAUUACUGUAUAUGAUUUGACUUAUGAAAACACCCAAAACGAUUCAUGAAAGAUAAUAUAUAAAAAUAGAAGUUUUUU